GCGCGGGCGCGGGCGGAGCGGGGCUGCAACUCCACCGCCCCGGCCGCGCCGCUCCGGCUCCGGCACUCGCCGGCCCCUUCCCGCCCCCCGCCUCCCCUCCCCACCCCCACCGCCGCCCUUAUUGUUUUUAAUCCGCCUCCGGCACCCCCCUCCUCAGCCCCCUCCCCACGCCCCUCAGCCGAGGCGGUCGAGGGAGGCGCGGGGCACCCCCGGGGUCUCUUCGCUCCGUGGGAACCCGCGGCUGCAAGUUUUUCUCCGUGAGAGACACCGCUAAUGCCCGGCGGAGGAUAAAACGAGAAGCGGAGGCCCGGGAGCGGCGGGGGGCCCGAGGCGGCGGGAAGGGCUGCGGCCCACGCGGGGAGCGGCGCGGGGCCGGGCGGGCGGGGGUCGGCGGCUCUGACAUCCCGGUGGCGGCGGAGGAAGGGGGGGGCGGCGGCGGCGUGUGCGCGGGUCUGUGUGUGUGAGUGUGUGUGUGCGUGCGUGUGUGCCGCAGGGAACGGCGAGGCGAGCCUUGCCCCCCCGCCCCGUCCCCAGCCCCGUCCCUCCCCUGCUCCCCCUCCCCUCCCCUGCCCGCCCCCGCCUCAGCUCCUUUAAUACACUUUGGUUCUCCGCUCGCUUUUGGACUCUGCUCUGCCUGGCUCAGGAUACGGCUCCGCCGGCGGCGACAGCGGCGGCAUCGGGCCGGUGCGGGCGCGGGCGGCGGCGGAGGCGGGGGGACGCGGCGGCUGCCGGGGGGAAGCGGAGCGGCGGCGGCCCCGCGCCCGGCUGGGCGGGCGGCGGCAGCCCGGCGGCGGUAGCGGGGAGGCGGCAGCGGCGGCGGCGGCUGCGUCCCCGGAGCGGCGCGGACCAUGCUGCUGGACGCCGGCCCGCAGUUCCCGGCCCUCGGCGUGGGCACCUUCGCCCGGCACCACCACUCGGCCGCGGCGGAGAUGCAGGACCGGGAGCUGAGCCUGGCGGCGCAGAACAGCUUCGUGGACUCGGCAGCGGCGCACAUGGGCGCCUUCAAGCUCAACGCCGGCGCCCACGACCUCUCCCCCGGGCAGAGCUCGGCGUUCACCUCGCAGGCGCCCGGUUAUCCCGCCGCCGCCCUGGGGCCCCACGCCGCCCAUGUCGGCUCCUACUCCGGGGCGCCCUUCAACUCCACACGGGACUUCUUGUUUCGCAGCCGGGGCUUCGGGGACUCGUCGCCGGCCGGCGGACAGCACGGCAUCUUCGGCCCUGCGGCCGGCAGCCUGCACCACCCGCACACGGACGCUCAGAGCCACCUCCUCUUCCCGGGCAUCCACGACCAGCACGGCCCCCACGCCUCCCAAAACGUCCUCAACGGACAGAUGCGACUGGGCUUGCCGGGGGAGGUAUUCGCCCGCUCGGAUCAGUACCGCCAGGUUUCCAGCCCCAGGACUGACCCUUACUCGGCGGCUCAGCUGCACAACCAGUACGGCCCCAUGAAUAUGAAUAUGGGCAUGAACAUGGCAGCCCACCACCACCACCACCCAGGUGCCUUUUUCCGAUACAUGCGGCAGCAGUGCAUCAAGCAAGAGCUCAUCUGUAAGUGGAUCGACCCCGAGCAGCUGAACAACCCCAAAAAAAGUUGCAAUAAAACUUUCAGCACCAUGCACGAGUUGGUCACCCACGUCUCGGUUGAGCACGUUGGGGGACCCGAGCAGAGCAACCAUGUCUGCUACUGGGAGGAGUGUCCCCGCGAAGGCAAGCCCUUCAAAGCGAAAUACAAACUGGUCAAUCAUAUCCGAGUGCACACGGGAGAGAAACCCUUCCCCUGCCCCUUCCCUGGCUGCGGAAAAGUUUUCGCCAGAUCAGAAAAUCUCAAAAUUCACAAAAGGACGCACACAGGGGAGAAGCCCUUCCAGUGCGAGUUCGAAGGCUGCGACCGUCGCUUCGCCAACAGCAGCGACCGCAAGAAGCACAUGCACGUCCACACCUCGGAUAAGCCCUACCUGUGCAAGAUGUGCGACAAGUCCUACACGCACCCCAGCUCCCUGCGGAAACAUAUGAAGGUGCACGAGUCGUCCCCGCAAGGUUCCGAAUCCUCCCCGGCCGCCAGCUCCGGCUACGAGUCCUCCACCCCGCCGGGGCUGGUGUCCCCUAGCGCCGAGUCGCAGAACACCAGCAACCUCUCCCCGGCGGCGGCGGCGGCGGCAGCGGCGGCGGCCGUGUCCGCCGUGCACCGGGGCGGCGGCGGCGGCAGCGGCGGCGGCGGCGGCCACAGCGGCCUCUCCUCCAACUUCAAUGAGUGGUACGUGUAGGGCCCCGCCGGACUGCUCUGCACGGCCCCGCAGCGCCCUCCCCGCCCCGGCGGCGGCGGGCAGGAGGGAGCGAGCGAGCCCACCGGAGACGCACCGGGAGGUGCCGCCGCACCCGCCAGCAGCGAAAUGACGGCCGAACAGGAUGGGGACGGGGGACCUUAAUUUCCCCACACCCUCCCGCCUUCGCGUCUUUUUUUUUGUUGGAUUUUUUUCUUUUUUUUUUUUCUUUUUGAGAACGUUUCGAACCAGCAAAAAAUAUUCUAAAAAGUACGUGCCGAAAAACAUAAAAGAAUGGGUAAAUCUAUAGAGGAACGGAAAGGGGAGAGAGAGAGAGAGAGGGGAAAAGACCAACCCCAAACGCCACCAACACAUCACCCAAUAAAAAGCUUCCCAAGCCGGUGGAAAGAAACUCUCCCUCCAGAGCCUUCAGACAAAAGAUCAGAGACUCAAACUCCUCCGGCCCCUGCGCCUCCCCGCCCGGAGCAGCCAGCGCCCUCCCGCCCUACGAACUGUGUAUAUAGCGGCCCUCUCCUUCCUCCGGCGAGGUGGGGAACGAGAUUUUCCUGGAUUCUCGAUGUAUAGAAGUUCGUCCCGUUUGUAAACCGCGGAUUGGUCCCUUUCUUCUUCCUUUUUUUUUUCCUUUUUUUUUUUUUUAAAUCUUUUUUUUUUUCCCCAUCUUCCUCCCUUCCUGAGAAAGUGAAGGACUUGUUUUCUUUUGUCCUGGUCUCCUUCCCCACCUCCCUCUUUUCUUCCUUUUUAGUUCACCCUUUUAAAAAAAGUAACAUGGAAGAAAAAAAUUGUUUCUUUUGUAAUUGUGAUAUCUUGAAUAUUGUGUUCCUUUUUAAGAGGCAACUUGAUUGUAAACUGUAUUUCAACUAUAGACUGGGGAAGAAAUACCGUGCCAAAGUCUCCAUUCUGUUACUUACAGACACUCACACAAACAACAACGCUUGUGAAUGUAUUUUUCUGUUAGCUGGGUUUAUAUGUGAUGUUUUAGUGCUUUUGCAAGUUCAAUUUGUUAGUUCCUGUUCGGAAGAUUGUGAGGAAAAAUAAACGUUGUGCCGUUAGCUUUUCUGUAAUAACACCCUUCCUCCUGUAAAUACCUGUUACCAUAUUUAUCCAUUUGUAAUUAAAUUAUGGUAUUAACUUGCUACAGAGGAAACAGUAUUUAUAAAGAAUGUUUCUUAACUAUAAAUAUGUACAAUUGUGAGCAUAAACUGUUUCAGAUUUUUUAUUUGAAGGUUUAAGUGGUUUCAUCAUUUCUUGUGAUAUGUUUUGAGAGUAAUGCAUACAGAAAUAUAAUAAAACGUGUUGAAACUGCA